GACAACAGGUGUCUGGGUCGCACGUUGCGUGUGCCCGCGUGCGCGUCUGACCGUCCCGCCUUGUGGCCCUCAGGAGAGGUCCGCAGCCGACCGCGAGCAUCGCCGGCGUCCACACGCUUCCGGGUGUCUCGUAGAGUCACGUGAUGAGCCGCUAUGACGUCACAUCAGUCGGAGGAACCGGUUGUUGUGGCUCUGAGGAGCAAGGCGGCAGUGGCGAGCAGCGGGACAGGCGUCACCACCGGAUGCCCCCCGAGGAGGCAACGCGGUGUGCUCGCUGGUCGACUCGCACCUCGUCCGACCUCGACGCCGCCGUCACAGAGCAGCGGAUACCGCUCCUCGAGCAGAGCGACGACGACGACCCAGCCGAAGCCAUGGAGCUGGUGUCCUCGGCACCGGACAGUCGCAACUGGCGGGGCAUCGGCAUCGCGCUUCUGGUCAUCGCUGGGGUCUGCGCCCUCAUCGUCACCGCCGUCAUACUGCUCACCCCCGGACCUACAUGGAAGUUCCUGUCUGCAAGGUCACGUAAGGCCGUAACACUGAGAGGCCGGCCUUUUUCUGGCCUUUCAGAGUUGGCAGGAGACAAGGGACCCCGCGUGAAGCAAGCCAGGAUAUCGCUAGAAGAGGUGCUCCAUGGCACGUUCAACCCGCGCAAAUUCAACGGCUCCUGGGUCUCGGACACCGAGUUCGUGUACCGGGACACAGACGGCGCGCUGGUGCUGUACAACGCUCAGAACAAGGAGAAGAGGACGCUGCUGCACAACACUACAUUCCGACAAUAUGACGUGCGCAAGUAUUAUAUGUCGCCUGAUCUCAACUUCUUGCUACUUGUCCACGACGUUGUGCCCGUGUUCCGAUAUUCGUUCACCGCAAAGUACAAGAUCUAUGAUUUUUCGAACAGAGAGGUGUUUCCGCUGAAACACAGCUCGAACCAGGAAGAACUACAAUAUGCUGCCUGGGGCCAAACUGGAAACCAGCUGACGUACGUGUUCGAGAACGACCUGUACCUGAUCCCGAGCGUGGGCGACUCGUCCCCCGUGCGGCUCACGGACACGGGCUCGCCGGGUGUCGUGUUCAACGGCAUAGCCGACUGGCUCUACGAGGAGGAGGUUUUGGGCUCGAGCGGUGCGCUCUGGUGGUCGCCCGGUGGAAGCCGCCUCUGCUACGCCACCUUCAACGACAGCGCCGUUAGCGCCAUGACGCUUCCACUGUACGAGGGACAGUAUCCGGCGCUGCUGCCACUGCGCUACCCGAAGGCCGGCACCACCAACCCGGAGGUGGAGCUGCACGUGGUUGCCGUCACGCACGGGGGAGCCGAGGCUGCCAAGCCCGUGCAGCCGCCGCAGGAACUGCUCGAGAAGACCAGCGAGUAUUACGUGACGAUGGUGGCGUUCCUGGACGAAAAGGCGUUGCUCGUCAACUUCUUGUCGCGGGCGCAGAACUGGACGCUGGUGUCGGUGUGCCGGGAGGCCGCCUCGGCCUGGCACUGCUCCAAGCAGGCCGUCGAGACGGCCUCGGGCGGCUGGAUCGAGCUCAGCGAGCCGCCGCUCGUGACGCCCCCGCUGCCAGGGGGCCCCGCCUUCUUCCUCCGGCUGCCCGUGCAGGACGCACACCACGGCAACUUCCGGCACCUGGCUGCCUUCCAGGAGAAGCGGCGCAAGUGGCUCACGCACGGCCCGUACGACACCAUCGCCGCGCUCGCGUUCCGGCCCAAGACGCACCACCUGUUCUACCGAAGCACGCGUGAAGGCCGGCCCGGUGAGUCGCACGUGUAUCAGGUGCCGUUCGACAAGGAGGGCACUCAUCCGGUGUGCCUGACCUGCGACUUGGGCGAUCAGUGCCUCUACAACAACGCCUGGUUCUCGCUAAAUGCCGAGUACUACGUGCUCGAGUGUCUUGGUCCGGGCGUGCCCUGGGUGGCACUGUACAGCACGGCCGACAACAAGCAGCUGGAAAUGCUGGAGCCUAAUUCGGAACUCAGGGAACUCGUCGAGAAUCGUGCCAUGCCUCAAGUGCGCAACCUUGUCGUUCCCCUACCUGAGGGAUACAACGCGUCGGUGCGGCUACUGCUGCCACCGGGACUGCGCGACGAGGAGGUGCUCAAGUACCCGUUCCUUGUGCACGUCUACGGGGGUCCCGGGUCCCAGCAGGUGACGGAACUCUUCCGCAUCAACUGGGGCCACUACUUGGCCAGCCGCAAGGGAAUUGUCUAUGGCCUCGUUGAUGGCCGCGGCUCGGGACUCCAGGGCGACCGGCGGCUGCACCAAGUCUACCGCCGCCUGGGCACCGUGGAAGUCGAAGACCAGCUCAGGGUCGCCAGGCACCUCAAGAACGAGAUGUCGUUUAUCAGCAACGACCACACGGCCAUCUGGGGCUGGUCAUAUGGCGGCUACGUAUCGGCCAUGGCGCUGGCCAACGGUGGCCCGGGCAACAACGGCAACGACACGCCGCAUGAAGGCGGCUCGGCUGUCUUCCAGUGCGCCAUCUCGGUGGCACCAGUCAGCAACUGGCUGUACUACGACUCCGCGUACACGGAGCGCUACAUGGGGCUGCCGCGCGACAACCUAGCCGGAUACGAGCGUGCAGACCUCACACGCGCCGCCGCCAGGCUCAAGGGAAAAAAGUUCCUGCUCGUGCACGGCACAGCCGAUGAUAAUGUUCACUUCCAGCACUCUAUGAUGCUUGCCAAGGAACUGAUCAAGAAGGGGGUUAUUUACAAAACUCAGGUGUACCCGGACGAAAAGCACGGCCUGAGCCACGUCACUUCACAUCUGUACAAUGCCAUGGAAGACUUCAUUGACGACUGCUUUGAGGGCUCUGACCACACUGUGGAAGAAGUUGGCCUGAUGCAAGUGAAGGCCUCGUGAUAGUCUCUACACUGCACAGCACCGGGGCGUCUCUUCUAUAGGACCACCCUGACAACAAAAGCAUGACUUUCAAUCAUUGCGUACGCUGGCCAACACUUAGCCAAAGGAUGUGAAAAAAGAAGCACCCGUUGCUGCACCGGACACCUCUGGCCGCAACGCAACCACCGAAUGCCUUGGCGCUCACGCUUCCCUGAUCGGACAACUACAGCACAGAGCUGUCACGGCUGAAACUGUCACCUCGACUGCCGCAGCAGUAACGAAACGCUAGUCAUGCAGCGUCACUUCAGCUGCCGAGCUAAUGUUAUGUCCGGCACAAAAAUCACUUUGCUAAAGAUACUCGUUUUUCUGUGCUAGUCUUCUCGUAGAUGUAGCUGGGCAGAAGGAAAAGUCUUAUGGUGCAGCCAACAUGUGCUCCUCCCGAUGUCACAUGCUCUUUCCCGUAUACAUUGCAUGCUGAAUUCUUCUCAACUUAUUGAUUGCUGGUACUGGUGCUGCUUAAAUUGAAGGCGUUCUGCCGAACGACUUCGUGUGAGAGGGUGUCACAGGCUCUGAGAGCCCGCCUUUCAAAAAAGACAAAGAAGGUGUUCAGUGCUCAGAGAUUGUGCAUGCAAAUGUUAAGGACUGAACGCUGUCCUCUUAUCAGCUUUCCAUCGUCACUUCUGUGCGGGUUACAAGCUUUCGAACGAUCAUGGGUGCCCAGUAAUAUUGCUAAUCGUAUGUUGUGUAAACUUGAAGGGUGUUAGAGACGUGUUACGUACCAAAUCACAGAACGAGAAUGCGUAUGCGCCUAAGCGCAAUUUACUUAGGCAUAAUAUUAAUAGCGCCUAUGUCUAACCGCUUAUUAUCCUUAAUCAAGAAUAAGCUUAACGUUCUUAGGCUAUACUGAUAAUUUAGAACUUGUAUGACAGCAUGCAGUCAAAAGCAUGUAUUUGAAAACAAAUGUCUCAUCUCGCUCGCCCUUCGAAGUUGAGAAGUUACUCAAAAUUAUCUUUGUCCGGUCCGUAUUUAAUCGUUUAAUUCGUACCCCUACUAAUUGACGGAUGAUGGAACGCAGUAAGAGCAGCAGAAGACGCCCUGCGGCGAAUAACCAAACUUUUUUCAGCAUUCGUGUACAGGAAAGCUCCCACUCACACUCAAGAGUCAUAUCUGCACAUUUGCAUCUCUGACCAGUUCUUUUUUUUGUUUUGUUUUUUAGAUAUAUGAAUGAACGAUAGAGAUGCAUGCAUAUAAUAUAAUCAUUUUUAUCACUAGCAUAUAUUUCCAUUAGACCUUCAUGUAUAUAGACAUCACAAACUUAACGACUUGCUCUAUCUUUGAUCUAUUCUAUAGUUUAUGCCCACGGUUAGGAUUUUUCAGCAUUUUACAAGAAGCUUGUCAAGAGAAAUGUACAUAGCGAUUAUCAAUAGCUGACGUAGGAAGCAAGCCCAACCCUCUAGUUGCCAUACUUUGGCACUGAAAUGAUUACUGACCAGUUUCUAAUCAAUUAUCUGUUAGCGUCAGUGUUGCCCUUUUCCUUUGUGCACACUGUGUUUUAAAUAUGACGACGAGACCAUUCAAAUCACGCUUGCGUUUUCCUCUCUCGUUCUUUGUGCUCGAUGUGUGGCAAAGGUCGCUUCUUAUUUCACUCUGAUUUUCCCACUGUAUAGAAACCCACCUCAAGCACUCUUCACAAUGGAUAUAAGUCCAAUGUGGGUUUUUACGUAUAAGCUUUUGCUUUAAGGUGUGAGUGACUCUGGCCCUGCUCACGGAAUAAGGGGACUUUCUUUCGCAAAAAAAGAAAAAGAGAGAAAGAAAAGGAAGGAAAUUCCGACGAAUGGAUUUUCUACGCAUCUAGCGGUAAGCAGACAUGCUAAAAAUAGCGAAGUUCUUGCUUUCUCUCUCUUUUUUUAUGAUAUAAUGACAAGCGCUACGUUAACUAGCUCCGAAUAAGUCCGAAACUCUUCAGGUUUUCGAAAAGGCGUAGGUGAAACGUCAACGCGCAUGUGUUUCCGCGAUUUCUUUUUUAUUGUUUGUCUUUUUUUAAGAAAUCAUCGACGUGUGGUAUAUUCAUUGGAGCGUUUCAGCAUGCAUGUAGUGGCACUUACACAUCACCUGGAUUUAUAUGUCGGGUUGAGGAUUGUUUUGCAGAUGGCUGGUAUUUUUAGCGAGUCUUACUUCCGGUAUUUUUUAGCUCCCUCCUUAUAGAAAGUGUUUUAAAAUAUUUUCGUGUCAUGUAGGAUUGAAAAUUCUCACAGGACCUUUUGUGUGCAAAUCGCAUUUUUUGUGAGCGUAUAUUUUUUUGUCUCACCUUAUAUUCAUUUGAAUUAGCGUAUUUGUCCAGGAAUUUGUCUAAGGCGACGAAAGGGCGUUGUUGUAAUGUGUAAUUUUCGUGUUUUGUACGUGCCACCAACAUUCUAUUUAACCAGGUUUGAGUCUUCAUUUCUUGUGCACGUAACGCUGCUUCUAAAUUUUCUCCAUUUACCGCACGCACUAAUGACUUUAUCUGAUUGGCAAAAUGUGCACUGCUAAACUUCAUAAAAUGCGCGCGAGACGACGACGCAUCGAGAAUCUACCCGCAUUUUUUCUUUUCUCGAUCCGCUGUUUGAAGGAUGUGCUGCUCGAUAUAGGAAAGGCAAAUGCCGCGUUAAACUUGGCCGCGCAGAUGGACGAUCAUGUAUUGGUGCACUUCGUGCGACGUUUUAGUGCGCCUCGUGCAACGCAGCCAUUUCAUUCAGUGCCAGAGCAACUGUGAUGUGGAAGCAAUUGCUGAUAUAUGUGAUACAUUAUUCUUCUUUCUCUCUUGACUUUUUUAUGUUCUAGGAUAUAUUUAAUGUGUACAUAGCCUCUCACUAGAAGACACGACUGACAGCCACUUGUUUCGUCGACAUCUAUGCAGCAGUGUAGUGUGUACAACACAAGGCUGUCAACACGGGGGAAGCUCUCGUCUGCAAGGAACUGGCGGGCCAAUUCCUUUCUCUCACCCUUCCCGAAGGUCAAGCACAACCCCCCCAUAGCCGCUUGCCCUUCACGUUUUUCACUUGCCAGGACUAAGCCCCGUUCAUUUCGCGCAGGAAAAGCAAGUCAGGAAGCAAGGGUUGCCUGCGAGCGUAGGCCUUUUGUUGACGCUUUUCUAGGAUGCUCCCCUUUCGAGUGCCGCGGUCCAUGCUUAGCGCGAAGCCCCCUUCCCCUCCGCCCCCGGCUCCGCUUCCCAUCGCAGAAGCUGUUCCGCGCACCAUCUGCGGCCUCCUCCUCCGUUUGUAAUAAAAUCGCCUAGCGUUCUCAUUACUGAUAGCGGUCGAAGCCUUUCACUGUCGAGCUAGCGGUCCCUUCUUCGGGGCUCUGACCUAGGGUGCCUAGGGCAGCAGAUGUAUACAGCAGUUAUGUACAUAGAGCCUCGUUAAGGCCUCCGGUCUAGCGUCCCAAUGUUUUCACUUGUCAGGCUGCUGUCGCCGACAGUCGGGCCCGUUCGAAGAAAUCAUACUCACGAAAUACUCUCGGUACGGACCCUGUAGCUAAGGCCUUGCUCUCGAGGUUUCGUAGACCCUAAGGUGCUCUUCGCUGAUAAUGAUACGCCGGCCCGGCAUAUAGUGCUCAACGGUCCCAGGGUGCUGUGUGCGCGCUCUACAGGCAAGAAUGUGUGCCGGCCGGCACGUCAGAGAAACACGGCAGGACUGAACGAGCUUGACAACAGCUGUCAAUUCGCGCUGUGCGCACUUUGCCGCUGCUGCCAUCUGCAUAUCUCAAACCUUACACCCGAGGCAGGAAUCGGUGAAAAUGAGAAGAAAAAACUCACUUGUUCUUUGAUCGUUUCCAAUGCUAUUAUGAAAAAAAAAACAAUAAAGACAGAAAAACUCGCGAGAAAUAUUAUCUACGAUUAUACACAAGCGAGGUUGUAGCUUUGUUAUAGCUUAUCUCAUAAACAAACGUUUAUCCACAGGACUUGCCCCCCUGUGGAAUCUUAUCAAGGCUACAUUCUUUAGAAUCAUGUUACAAGCAUUCUCCAGUAUACACUUUUCACUAAUCCGAUAUUCCGUAGACAUAAUACCUUCCAUAGCUUCUUGCAACGUACAUGCUGCAAUUUUCUGUUCAAUGGCAGCCAAUAGUUGAAAAUGCUAGAACAUUGAAUAUAGGUACUAAGCAUCCCAGACUAAAGGUACAGCGUCUGCAUGGGUGGCUUUGUUAUAUUCGGCCACCGCGUGCUUUUUCGGAAAGAACCCUUGCACGACACUCAGCAUCAUUGUUGAGAGCAUGAAAUAAAGACACCUGGUUGAAAA